CUCUCUCAAAAAUCUCAUGCUCCACUGUCUGCUUAACAGCAAAGCUCUACCCAUAAUACCAUACAUAAAAUAUUUAUUAAUAUAUAUAUAAAAUAAUAAAAUAAUAAAUAAUUAAUUAAAAUAUUUUCAAUCUCUCUCUUUAACCAGAGGCAUAGAAACCAGAUUUAAAAUCACAAUCUAGAGAGAGAAAGAGCAAGGAAACUCACACUCUCUCUCUCUCUCUCUUUCUUUCUCGUACUUUCUCUCUCUCUUUCAAAGCUCAGUUUUUUUUUUCUUUUUUUUUUUUUUCCAUUGCUGGUUCACUCACUGUAUUGAUAUAUACAUAUAUAAUUUAUAUAUAUAUCGCUGUAUAUCUGUGUAUCUGUGAUAUUUAUAUAUAUAUAUCUUGGAUUUGGAAACCCUAGCGUUUGGAUCGUGAGGUGCAUUUGGAUGUGAGAGUGUGUGCACUACUCAGAUCGGGAUGGCGGAGCUUUCCGGCGACGUAGGAGGAGUGUCUCCGGCGAUGGAUACGCCGGAGUUGAGUGGAUAUGGCAAUGGCGCGGCGCCGGUGGUGACUCCGACACCACCUCCGCCGUUGACGGUGUCGGGAUCGUUUAAGGAAGGGAAGAGCUCGUCGAGAAGGAGGGGACAUAUGAGGCCGAGUAUGGACUCGGAUGAGUUCAUAAACCUGUUGCACGGGUCGGAUCCGGUGAAGGUGGAGCUCAAUCGGCUUGAGAAUGAAGUUAGAGAUAAGGACCGCGAGCUUGGAGAAGCUCAGGCUGAGAUCAAGGCUCUCAGAUUGUCUGAAAGACUCAGGGAAAAGGCCGUUGAAGAGCUUACUGAUGAACUGUCAAAGGUGGAGGAGAAGCUCAAGUUAACAGAAUCACUUCUAGAAAGCAAAAAUCUUGAAAUAAAGAAAAUCAAUGAUGAGAAAAAGGCCUCCAUGGCAGCUCAAUUUGCUGCUGAAGCUACUCUUCGAAGGGUUCAUGCUGCUCAAAAGGAUGAUGAUAUGCCUCCAAUUGAAGCCAUUCUUGCACCUCUGGAGGCGGAGCUCAAACUUGCUCGGCAAGAGAUUGCAAAGCUUCAAGAUGAUAACAAAGCACUGGAUCGUCUAACGAAGUCAAAAGAAGCAGCCUUACUUGAAGCUGAGAGGACUGUUCAGGUUGCCUUGACUAAGGCCUCUAUGGUUGAUGAUCUCCAGAAUAAAAAUCAAGAAUUGAUGAAACAGAUAGAAAUUUGUCAGGAAGAAAACAAAAUUUUAGACAAAAUGCAUAGACAAAAGGUUGCAGAGGUUGAAAAGCUUACUCAGACUGUACGAGAGUUGGAAGAGGCUGUUCUUGCUGGUGGUGCAGCUGCUAAUGCAGUGAGGGAUUAUCAACGGAAAGUUCAGGAGAUGAAUGAAGAAAGGAAAACUCUUGACCGUGAGCUGGCUCGUGCAAGGGUAACAGCAAACAGAGUAGCUACAGUAGUAGCUAAUGAAUGGAAAGAUGCCAAUGACAAAGUGAUGCCUGUAAAACAAUGGCUCGAAGAACGAAGAUUCUUGCAGGGAGAAAUGCAGCACCUCCGUGACAAGCUAGCCAUAACUGAGCGAGCUGCAAAGUCUGAGGCUCAAUUAAAAGAGAAGUAUCAUUUGCGGCUCAAAGUUCUAGAGGAGAGUUUGAGAGGAACUCCUAACAGUAAUAAUCGCAGUACACCAGAGGGAAGAAGUAUAAGCAAUGGGCCUUCUCGUCGUCAGUCCCUUGGGGGAGCUGAUAAUAUCUCAAAAUUAACAUCCAAUGGCUUUUUACCCAAGAGAACACCUUCUCGAUCUUUGUCUUCUAGCACCAGUUCUGUGCUGAAGCAUGCUAAAGGCACAUCAAAAUCAUUUGAUGGUGGUACGCGGUCAUUGGACAGGGGUAAGGUUCUUUUAAAUGGUACAAGCCCCUCUUUCUCAUUCAACCAGUCUUGUGAUGCUACAAAGGAUAGUGAAGCUACAAACUGGAAAGGAAAUUUGGAUGAUAAACCAAAUGAAUUCCCAACGGUUGAUACAGAAGAUAGUGUCCCUGGGGUUUUGUAUGAUUUGCUGCAGAAAGAGGUUGUAGCUUUGAGGAAAGCUGGUCAUGAAAAGGAUCAAAGCCUGAAAGACAAGGAUGAUGCAAUCGAGAUGUUAGCCAAGAAGGUAGAUACAUUAACUAAAGCAAUGGAGGUUGAGGCAAAAAAGAUGAGAAGAGAAGUUGCUGCUAUGGAGAAGGAGGUAGCUGCAAUGCGUGUGGAAAAAGAACAUGAAAACAGAGCUAAGAGGUUUGGUAAUGCAAAAGGCUCUGUCAACACCAGUGCUCAGAUACUUUCUGGAAGAGCUGUAGGACGAGGUGGGUUAACACGAAGCACACAAUGACAGAAAGUCCUACAGGCCAGCUGCAGCAAGGAGCAAAAGGGAACAUAGACCUUGUAUUGCAUUCCAGUUACCAUUUCUUCACUUUCUUUUUUGUUUCGUCUUAUGAUUGAUUAUAGUAUCAUAGCUGGCAUGCUGACAAUCCUGUGUUCACUCCACUUGGGGGAAGAAGAAGAAGAACACCCCAAAAAAAGAAAAAAAAGAAAAAAAAAGAAAGAAUGAAUUUCGAACAAGAGAAUCGAAAACCUGAUCGAGAAGUUGGUAUGCUUCUGACGUAAGACUGUUAUUCCCCUGCUGCUGCUUAGAGAUCAACAAAAGAAAAGGAAAAGGAAAAAAAGAAAAAAAAGGAAAAAGAAAAUUGACUUUGAACUAACCUUUUGUCAGGUUUCUUGAGUGGGCAAUUGUUGUGUGUUUGUAUAGGUAGUUUAUUUGUUGAAAUUUUUUUUGGCAGUUUAUAUUGUAAUUGCAGCUAGUGUGAUUGUUGUUGGUUCAGUUUGUUAAUAUUUGUUGUUAUCAGAUCAGGAUGAGAUCUUUUUUUAUGGUUGUGGUUAAUUCAUCUACGGUCUUAAAUGUUGGUUAUAAAUCUCUGCUAUAAUGUUACAUGCAAAAUUGUGUUCUUUGUGUUA